ACAAUUGGUCAGUUAGAGUUAGAGUUAGAACCACUUGAAACGUGAUGUACAAUACAUACAUACAUAUUUAAAAAAAGUGCAAUUCAUCUCUCAACAGUCAUUUUAUCUAUAAUAAAUUUUAAUAACAUAAGAAACAGUACUGUUUAAAUGGGAAAUUAUAUUUUCCAAAAACUUGUUACUUGACUUGUAGGUUAUAAGUACAUAUCUAAUUAACUAUAAUAAUAAAUAUAAGUUCUUCAUAGAGACUGUAAUAAUCUUAUAUACUAAUAAUGACACAAUCAGGUUUCCCCACAUUAAAAAAUGACUUCAUUUUGAAAGCUGCACGUGGGGAAUCUGUAACACGUAUACCAAUAUGGAUAAUGCGUCAAGCUGGUAGAUACCUUCCUGAAUUUCAAGAAGUUAGGUCAAAGCAUGACUUCUUCACUGUGUGUCAAACACCUGCUUUAGCUUCUGAAGUUACUUUACAACCUUUGAAACGAUUUGACUUGGAUGCCAGCAUUAUUUUCUCUGAUAUUCUAGUAAUCCCUCAGGCAAUGGGUUUAACUGUUGAAAUGGUCCCUGGAACGGGUCCAGUUUUACCAAAACCAUUAAAUGAUCCAUCAGAUUUAGCCAGGCUAGUUCAGCCUAAUGUAGAGAAUGAUUUAAAAUAUGUUGGGGAAGCAAUAACAUUAACACGACACAAAUUGGAAGGGAAAGUUCCAUUAAUUGGCUUUACUGGUGCACCAUGGACUUUAAUGAGCUACAUGAUCCAAGGUGGUGGAAGUUCAACAAUGACUAAAGCCAGAUCUUGGCUAUAUAAAUAUUCAGAAGAUUCCCACAAACUUUUACAAAUGAUCACGAAUGUAGUUGUGGAUUAUCUGGUUAUGCAAGUGAAAGCUGGUGCACAAUUACUACAAGUGUUUGAAAGUCAUGCUAAUUUUCUUAAUGAUGAAUUGUUUACAAAUUAUUCAUUCAAAUACUUGAAGGAGAUCAGUGAGAAGGUCAGAAAACAACUGAAAGAAGAACAGAUACCUGAAGUACCAAUGAUAGUUUUUCCCAAAGGCGCAACAAUGAAUUCUUUAGAAAUGCUAGCAAAAUCAAAGGCUUAUGAAGUAUUGGGUCUAGAUUGGACUGUGGAUUCAACAGAAGCAAGAAAACGAUUGGGUCCUGAUGUUACUUUACAAGGAAAUUUGGAUCCAUGUGCAUUAUAUGCUUCUGAGGAGGAAAUAAUAAGUCGGGGCCGAGAAAUGGCAAUGAAAUUUGGUAAAAAUCGAUAUAUUGCAAAUUUAGGACAUGGUAUUUUACCAGAUACUCCAAUUAAAUCUGUUGAAGCUUUAAUAAAAGGGAUUCAUUCAGUGUAAUCCAUUAUUCCAACUUUUUCUAGUAUAUUUUUUAUUGUAUGCAUUUAUAAUAAACAAAUGUUAUUGUUGAAGUA